AUGGUUACUACUCAAGAGCAAGAAUUGUUAGACUCAUUUCCACAAGAAUGUCAACCUGGCUCUCUACCUGGUACUCCAGGUAACUUAGAACCUCAACAAAAGACUGCUUUGGAAGAAUUCAGAAAAGCUCUUGAAGAUGCCGGUUUUGAAGAACGUUUAGAUGAUGCUACUUUAUUACGUUUCUUAAGAGCAAGAAAAUUUGAUAUUGCUUUAGCAAAAGAAAUGUUUGAAAAUUGUGAAAAAUGGAGAACAGAAUAUGGUACUAAUACUAUCUUAAAAGAUUUUCAUUAUGAUGAAAAACCACUUGUUGCUAAAUUUUAUCCACAAUAUUAUCACAAGACUGAUAAAGAUGGUCGUCCAUGUUAUUUUGAAGAAUUAGGUGCUGUCAAUUUACCUGAAAUGAUUAAAAUUACUACUGAAGAACGUAUGUUAAAGAAUUUAGUUUGGGAAUAUGAAUCCGUUGCUAAAUAUAGAGUUCCAGCUUGUUCAAGAGCUGCUGGUUAUUUGGUCGAAACUUCUUGUACAAUUAUGGAUUUGAAAGGUAUCUCCAUUUCAAGUGCUUACAGUGUCUUAAACUAUGUUAGAGAAGCCUCUUAUAUCAGUCAGAAUUUUUACCCAGAACGUAUGGGUAAAUUCUAUAUGAUUAAUGCACCAUUUGGAUUCUCUACUGCAUUCAGAUUAUUCAAACCAUUUUUAGAUCCUGUUACUGUUUCAAAGAUUUUCAUCCUUGGAUCCUCUUAUCAAAAGGAAUUAUUGAAACAAAUUCCAGAAGAAAACUUGCCUGUUAAGUUUGGUGGUAAAUCUGAAGUUGAUGAAGCCACUGGUGGUUUAUAUUUAUCUGAUAUUGGUCCAUGGAGAGAUUCAAAAUACAUUGGUCCAGAAGGUGAAGCUCCAGAAGUCUUUUCUAUGAAAUAA